UCGCUGUCGUGACGUCACUCGCUGGACCCUCGGCUGCGCGAGCACAGGACGGGACGGGGUGGGGGGCGCGCGCACACACCGCGGCCAGCGGCGACUUUUUCCUCAAUAUUUUUCAUUUUCUUUUCCCUAAAAUCAUUCUAAUUGGACCCGAAACACACCGGACGCGCGUUCCAGCGGCGGGAGAGCGCGUCACCGACGGCACUGCGGGUGACCAGACGCGCGCGCGGCCUCCGCGGGGAAGUUUCUCACCGGCGCGCGUGACAGUCAGCAGCUAAAGGACACCGGGGAGUCUCGCCCGGUCCCGGGGUUUAACGAGAGGGAGAUUCGCCCGUCAGACGCGCAAAUACCAGAGAAGAGACCGUGUCAAAGUUAUAAAUCGAGUGAAAGUCAGAGAGACGGAGAGCCGCAGCGCCCCCGCCCGCGUCCACCGGGAAAGUCACGGGAGAUUCUCUCAUCCGACGGGUCUCGGUGAAGCAUGGCCGCCUCAGUGAAGGUAGCAGUGAGAGUCCGACCCUUCAACUCACGCGAAAACAGCCGAGAUGCUAAAUGUAUCAUACAGAUGCAGGGAAACACCACCUGCAUCUGGAACCCCAAACAGCCCAAAGAAGCGGCCAAGAACUUCAGCUUCGACUAUUCCUACUGGUCUCACACUACGGAGGAUGACCCUGCGUUCGCGUCCCAGCGGCGGGUGUAUCUGGACAUCGGGGAGGAGAUGUUGCUUCACGCGUUCGAGGGAUACAACGUCUGCAUAUUCGCCUACGGUCAGACGGGAGCGGGGAAAUCCUACACCAUGAUGGGGAAACAAGAGCCUGGACAACAAGGCAUCAUCCCUCAGAUGUGUGAGGAUCUGUUCCAGCGCACGAGUGAGAACACAGACCCGGAGCUGUCCUACUCCGUAGAGGUGUCGUUUAUGGAGAUCUACUGCGAGCGCGUGCGAGAUCUGCUGAACCCCAAGAGUAAAGGUGCGCUGCGGGUCCGAGAGCACCCCAUCAUGGGGCCGUACGUCGAGGACCUGUCCAAACUCGCUGUGACCUCCUACCAGGACAUCAGAGACCUCAUGGACUCGGGGAACAAGGCCCGGACGGUGGCAGCGACUAACAUGAACGAGACGAGCAGUCGAUCACACGCCGUCUUCACUAUCGUCUUCACUCAGCACCGCCGAGAUCAGCUGACCGGCCUCGACACAGAGAAGGUCAGUAAGGUGAGUCUGGUGGAUCUGGCGGGCAGCGAGCGAGCGGAUUCAUCUGGAGCUAAAGGCCUGAGACUGAAGGAAGGCGCUAAUAUUAAUAAAUCUCUCACCACUCUGGGGAAGGUCAUCUCCGCUCUGGCUGAAAAUCAAACCAGCAAAAGAAAGAAAAGUGAGUUCAUUCCGUACAGAGACUCAGUGCUCACCUGGAUCUUGAAGGAGAACCUGGGUGGUAAUUCUCGUACCGCUAUGAUUGCUGCUCUCAGUCCCGCAGAUAUUAACUAUGAGGAAACACUCAGCACACUCAGAUACGCUGACCGUGCAAAGCAGAUCCGCUGUAAUGCUGUAAUUAACGAGGAUCCAAACGCUCGUCUGAUCCGAGAACUGAAGGAAGAAGUGAACAGACUCAGAGACCUCCUGCUGUCACAAGGGCUGAGCCGACUGGUCACCGCUCCAGCUGCUGAAGUCAAUAAUAACCGUGUUGACGUCACUCUUAUGCCUGCUGAUCCCGCCUCUAAUGGAGCCCCGCCCACAUCUGAGCCUGUCACCGGAGAAGGCCCCGCCCCCGAGAGUGACUCCGCCCCGCUGGAUGGCCACGCCCAAUUAGAAGAGUUUCAGGGCGAGAUGAUAACCAAUGAGGAAGCAGUGGAGAGACUGAAGGAAACAGAGAAGAUCAUCGCUGAGCUGAACGAGACGUGGGAGGAGAAACUAAGGAAGACGGAGUCUAUACGAAUGGAAAGGGAGUCGAUUCUGGCAGAGAUGGGUGUAUCCAUUAAAGAGGAUGGAGGAACUGUUGGAGUGUUUUCACCUAAAGGGACUCCGCACCUGGUGAACCUGAACGAGGAUCCGCUGAUGUCAGAGUGUCUGCUAUACUACAUCAAAGAGGGUGUGACCAGGGUUGGUCAGAAGGACGUGGACAUUAAACUCAGUGGUCAGUUUAUUAACGAGCAGCACUGUGUGUUUUACAGCUACAUCAACCACAACGGAGAAGUGUGUGUGACUCUGGAGCCGCUGGAGGGAGCCGAGACGUACGUCAACGGCAAGCAGAUCAGCGAGUGUGUGCUGCUCAAACAGGGAAACCGCGUGGUGAUGGGCAAGAACCACGUGUUCCGGUUCAACCACCCGGAGCAGGCGCGCGUGGAGCGCGAGCGGAGCCUGGACCAGCAGGGGGAGCCGGCGGACUGGAACUACGCCCAGAGAGAGCUCCUGGAGGAGCAGGGCAUCGACAUCAAGCUGGAGAUGCAGAGGAGGCUGCAAGAUGUGGAGACGCAGUAUCGGCGGGAGAAAGAGGAAGCAGAUCUACUCCUGGAGCAGCAGCGGCUGUAUGCUGAUUCAGACAGUGGAGAUGAUUCUGAUAAACGCUCAUGUGAAGAGAGUUGGAGACUCAUUUCCUCCCUGAGAGAGAAACUACCAGCUAUCAAGGUCCAGUCCAUCGUGAAGCGCUGUGGGUUACCCAGCAGUGGGAAGCGGCGUGAGCCUCUGCGUGUGUACCAGAUCCCGCAGCGGCGGCGCAUCAGCAAAGCCCCCGAGCGCGUGACGCUGAGCGACCUGAAGCUGCAGGCGGUGAAGGAGAUCUGCUACGAGGUGGCGCUCGCCGACUUCCGGCACUCGCGCCGCGAGGUGGAGGCGCUGGCCGUGGUGAAGAUGAAGGAGCUGAGCCGCAUGUACGGAGUGUUGCAGAUGUGCGGGCGGCGGGACGAGGAGGAGGAGAAGGAGGCGUGGAGGGACGUGGCUCAGGACGUGUGGGACACGGUGGGCAUCGGGGACGGGCGCCAGGACACACACACACACGCUGACGGAGAGAGAGGCGUGUACGACCUGAAAGCUCACAUCGACAAACUGACCGAUAUCUUACAAGAGGUCAAAGAGCAGAACAACACGAAGGACGAGGAGAUCAAAGCCCUCAGAGACCGGAUGAUGAAGAUGGAGAGCAUCAUACCAGCAGUGCAGGACGAUGAUGAAUCAGAGGAUCUGAGCGCAGACGGUGAUGAGGAAGAUGGGCGUGGCCAUCUAGAGCUCCUCCCCAAAGAGCAGCGCGUGUCACGGCUGAUGGAGGAAGACCCCGCCUUCAGGAGGGGCCGAAUGCGCUGGCUCAAACAGGAGCAGACACGCCUCCUCAACCUGCAGCAGCAGCAAAUCACCAAGCGCUUGCGCCGAGGGGGCGGGGCCGGGGGCGGGGCUAUGGGUGGGGAGGGCGUGGUCCACCUCCCCGGAACGGGACGCUUCAUUCCCCCUCAGGACUGCAAGCUGAAGUUCCCCUUUAAGAGCAACCCUCAGCACCGGCUCUCCUGGGGGCCGAACGUGUCCGUCGCGCCAGACGAGGAACGAGGCCCCGCCCCCGGCGUGCCGUUACUUCCUCUUCCGUUCCAAAUGCCGGUCAUCAUGCGCGCGCCUUCCCCCAGUCGCCCCUGGCAACCUCGUCACUACAGCAACGGUAACUACGGCAACGGCAAUCACGUUCCUCAGCAACAACAAUGGCGCCACAGGCGCAAUUCGCUUGAUGGCUCCACCAUACCUGGCAACCAGGGUUAUUAUACCAACGGGCACCACAACAACAACAACCGCGGUCGCCAUCGGCAACAGUCGCCGGGCCCUUGCGUACGCGGGGAGGGGGGGUACGUCAAUCACCAACGGCCCCCACCGCACGCGCUCACCGAUCAACCGCACGGCAAACACCAAAAACCACAGGGCUACGUCACCCCGCCGCGCAUGAGACGCCAGUACAGCGCCCCGGACCUGAAGAGCAAAGAAACGCCCGUCUGAUGAUGUCAUGAAUACUAGCUGUUGUUUUGAGGGGUUAGUGAGUUAGUUCACAGAGUCUCAUGUAGUCAGACUAUCAGUAGAAAGAGUUUAUUCUGGACUAGAACCGCCCACUUCGGGACAGGAAGAGAGCGUCACUGGCUACGUUUACAUGCUACCAAAUCACCCGUUAGUCAUGGGACUGGCGGCUCAAUCGCACUGAAAGCCUUCAUGUAAACGCCUUCA